UCUAGCGCAGAAAAACGGGGUAAAAGAGUCUAAAAGCGGAGAGAGUGCGCAUUUCUAGCGCAAAAAAAAAAAAACGGGCCAAAGAGUCUAAAAGCGGAGAGAGUGCGAAAAAGUAUUAUUUAAAGUGGUAUAUUUCAUUAUUUGUUUUAUUACAGAGUCUGUGGCCGUGACUUCAAAUAUAUUUCUCCUUCUGGCCCCCAACAAAAAAAGUGUGGACACCCCUGCUAUAAAUGGUUGUGGAAAGCCAAUCUACAUUAAUUAACAAAACAAAAUUGAAUCAUAAAAUUAAUUUUUUGACUGAAUGGAAAUAAACAGGCUCAUUUUAUGUUUUUGGCUUGUCGUUCACUAUCUAAACAAAAUCUUUUGAAGUGGUACAAAAGCAAGCGUCUCAAUAUUAUUCCCUUCACUGGCAUUAAUAUCCACUUAUUCCUGAUAAUUAAUGUUGACUCCAACCUCUAACAAAGCUUAGUGAGUCACUCAGGCAUCGUAGCCAGGAGGAACAAUCUGCCAGAAAUUAAUAUGAAAAAUAAAUAAAUAAUAGAAGAGGGGAAAAAAAAAAGAAAACACACCACAACAGGCUUUGGCAAGUCCUUCCUUUUCACAAUCCCCAGCUCCAACCAAUCAGAGCUGAGAAGAAACCCGUCAAAGCCCCUCCCCUGUAAGUCUGAAAUGUGUAAGAGCAGGGAGAGCGAGGGAGAGACAUAGAGAGGAGAAGAGGGAGAGAAAGAGAGAGAGAGAGGUGGAGAGCAGGGAAGAGAGGCAGCGAGCAAAAAGAAAGCCAACGCCAGCGUGGUGUAUACACAUGCUCUGUAUGAGUGAAGGAGAGGGAGGGUGGGAGCGAGCGAGGGAGCGAGGGACCUAUUACCGAGACCAGCGUCUUCCGUGAAACAAGAGCAACAACAGAUCCUGAUGCUUCACAUGAAGAAAAGCAAGGAAUGAACGAAAGUUCAGACAACAAGAAAAACGAGUGGAAACAAGACAAAAAAAAGGAGCUCAUCUCUUUCUCCUGAUGCCACGUGGAUGUAAGUGUUGUAAAGUGUUGACAACAAAGAAGCAGAAAGCGUGCGGCGUCAGUUCAGCUCACGUCUGAUCCGAAAGCUAAAACGUGAGGAUGCUUUUCCUUUCCAAAAAUCAGGGGACACUUUCUUCUUUCCUCAGAAAUGGCACAGUACUGUUUGUGACAAGCUGACUCACUUAUCCUUUGAGUAAAGCGAACAGAUUGCCUCUCUUCUCGAGGUUUCCUUGAACUGCUAUUGGAGUGACACUUCGCAAGUCUGUUCAGAUGAGUGCGCGCUCGUGUUAACCGACUUAGACAGGAUGCUGACUUACUUGAAGAUCUGCCUUGAGUCUGCAAGUUCUUGAUUUAAAGCUCUCCUGCCACAACUGGAACUUGGAUACUACACACAGAGACUUUUAAAAGGACGGAAAAAGUACUGGGAACGGCAUGGGGUAGAAGUCAAGAACUCAAAGAUGUUGGUUAACUCUUGAAAGCCUGGUACCAUUUGGAAACUUUUGACCACAUUUAGAAAGUUCUGCGUCUGUUGGGAUGGUCAAGAUAAUCUUCUUGAAGACUUCUUGAAGACGUGAAACGUGGACCAACUGUGGACAGAGCAGGUUUAAGUGGGUGUUCGAGUCACGGUAAUAAAUCAGUGCUCUCACUGUGUGGUCGUUACUUCUGUAGCACUCUGGCUGCUCUGCUAACCUCCAGCAGCGUCCUGACGGCACGAUGCUGUGCUCUCAGGGUGUGGCCGCCCCUCUGAUGCUUAGCUCGCUCAUGCUGCAUUUGACCUGGGCUAGCCUGAACCCCGGCUGCGUCAAGGUAUCAGAUAUCCUCAGCUGCAGCAAUCUGGGUCUGGAGCAGGUGCCCAAACAGUUGCCGGCAACGGCUGCAACCUUGGAUUUCAACCACAACCAUCUGGUACAGCUGGAAGAGGGUAGUUUUGCAGGUCUACCCCAUCUCGUUACCCUGCGCUUGGCCCACAAUCGCUUGAGCAACCUUUCCCCCGGAACCUUCCGCAAUACGAGCGGUCUGCGCCACCUUGACCUUUCCUCUAAUCAGCUACACAAGGUGGAUAAUUACUACUUCCAGGAGCUGGUCAGCAUGGAGGAGCUGCUUCUCUUCAACAAUCAAAUUGUUCGAGUGGAGAGCAAUGCCCUGAUCAGCUUGAUCAACCUGCGCAAGGCCUACCUCAGCCACAAUCGACUGACUGACUUCCCGUUCUUCUCCAUUCAGGAGCACAGCCAUCACUUUCUCGUCACCCUGGACCUAAGCUCCAACCGUAUGCCCAAGCUUCCCCUUGAGGACAUUGCUGCUCUGCCGGCAUCAGUGCAGGGUGGAGUGUUCUUGCACAACAACAGCUUGAUCUGCGAGUGUGCAAUGUACGGCAUGUUUCGACAGUGGGAGCAAAAAGGCUUCCUCUCGGUCAAGGACUACCGGGAGGAGCAUACAUGCUUGGUGUACGGGGAACCUCGUGCCUCGGUGCAGUUCCUCGAACACUCGCGCUUUUUUGAGAACUGCUCCAUAAAGGCACAGGGCCUGUUGGGAGAUGCAGAGAAUAACUUGCAUGUGAUUGCCGGAGAUUCUGCGGUGUUGGAAUGUCAAACAUCUCUAAGGGGGCAGCAUUUGAUCUACCAGUGGGUGUCCCCUCACCAGGAAUAUAUCGCCCCACCUGGAAACAACAAUGCAAUGCGAAUGUAUGCAAACGGAAGCCUUGAGAUUCUUGAGGCUCGAAUCGAGGACUCUGGUGUGUAUUGGUGCAUGGUGCUGGACCGCCUGCAGUCACGCAACGAAACCUGGGAGGUGAACGUAACGGUGACGAUGCGAGAUCACGUGGUUGAGCCCUUCAACACGGGCUUUACCACUCUGCUGGGAUGUGUGGUCAGCCUGGUGCUGGUUCUCAUGUACCUUUACUUGACUCCCUGCCGCUGCUGGUGCCGCAAGCAGCCGCCGCCUGCCACACCCAGCCCUGCCAAUGAGUGCAGCGCCCAAUCUUCGAUCCUGACGCCCACGCCACCCGCCACCACCGAGGGUCCCGGCCGCAAGGCCGGCAACCACUCUAUUGUUCCUGACGUGUGGACCACGGUCUCGUCUCCACCGUGAAUUUUAAAUGCAGGAAGACGAAAAGAAAAGACCCUGCUUCACAAUCAGAGAGCAGCAUCUAUCUACAGCACCUCCACAGGCCACGGAAAUCCUGAGAUCCUCCCGAUAACGUUCCCUAAACACGCCCUGCUAAUCCCGUUCCCAACAAACAAUGCAUUUACAGGACUUCUUCAAACGCAACAGAUGGACUGGAUUCUGCCCACGCUUUGAGAACUGGCAGGAGAACAGCCUCUCUGAAUAAUGAACUGGUAGAAAUGGAGAGACUGGAGGCUGAACUGGUUGAAUCUGAAUGUUUAUGAUGAUGUCCUUCUUGUUUAUUUAGAGCACUGAUGAAUGAAAUCAUUUAAAUAGCUUAGCCUAGCCGCUAAUGAAUGAAGGUCUUUUAAUGGGAAUGCUAUUGAGUAAGUGUAAGCAUUGCAUUCACACUUAUACACUUAUAAACUGAUAGAGUGAGCGUUAGAUAUGAAUUGAAUAUUCUGAAUGUGGGUCAAUAUCAAUAUAACAUGUCUUUUGUGUCUGCAGCAUAGAUUAAUAUAUAAUUUAUUAUAUACAUAUAUAGAUGCACAUAUAUAGAGAAAUGUUAACCUUCACUUUAAAUAUCUUUAUGUACGUUCUUGGUGUGGCACACAGUGGAUAACACCACUACCUGCCAGUGAGUUACCCUAUUAUGUAGGAGACUGGGGUUCAAUUCCCGCUCUGGGGGACUUAAAGCUGUGCUACACCAAUAAGAGUCCUUGGGCAAGACUUCUAACAUUUUAUUGGUCCUAACCUUGUAAGUAGCUCUGAAUAAGAGCGUCUGAUAAAUUUCGUAAAUAAAAUAAAUUAAAUUAAAUUAAAUGGUGCUCUUCCCUGCAUGUCUGCGAUACUACCCGGUUAAGUCAAAUAUUAUUUAUAUUAUUGUUAUAAUUUGUUUGAUUAAAUAAAUAACACAGGUUUUAAUAUUUAAACAUCUCCAAAAUCACCAAUUUUUUCCCCUAAAACUCUUUUUAAAAAAGUAACCCUGACCCUAGUGACAUCACAGCCUUCAUACUGUUUUACUGCUGCAUGGUCAGCAGUUCUUAAUAUUAAUUUCACAUUAUAUUUAUUAUUUUGUCUCCAAAUUUAGCUGAAAUAACACAUCAUAAAGAGUAAUAAAAAGGUUUGCAACUCUAGUUCAAUCAUAUUUCAUUACAUUUCAAUUAUAACUCCAAUUGUCCACCCUGUCGCUGUCCACCCAGUUAUGCAGCUUGCUCCCGACAGACCGAUGAAUGCAAAACGCAUGCAAAUAAAAAAAAAAAAAUAUAUAUAUAUAUAUAUAUAUAUAUAUAUAUAUAUAUAUAUAUAUAUAUAUAUAUAUAUAUAUAUAGUGAAUAAUCUGGGAAAUAUAUAUAAAAAAUAUGACAAACAGUCAAAAAAGCGAGCUAACAAAUUCUGUAUCUUUGAAACAGAAUUAGGUCAUACAAAUGAAAAAAGUAAAAAAAAAAAAAAAAAAAAAAAAAGCCAAUGGAAUUUCAUUAAAUGCCAAUUAUCUCUAUUUUUUUGAUAGAUGAUUGCAAAAUGCAUGCAUGUGAAAAAAUGAAGUGAUUAAUAAAGUCUUAACCCUCCAUGGCUUAACAAUAAUAACAAUAAUCACCAUUAAUUUUGCAUUAUUCCCCUAAAAAAGUAGUAAGUUAGUAAACAAAGAAAAUAUAUAUGUGAUGUUUCGCGACUUUUUGUGACAAACAAAAAGCAUAAUACAAAAAUAUAAAGGAAGGGAUUAUAACCAAAACUGUAUUUUGCUGCCAAAGGGGUUAAACUGAAUUAUAAAAUGUAAAGAAUUAACACGAAUUAAGUGUUUGUUUUUUUUUGUGGACCCAAAGGCAGGUGUAUUUUGAUAAUGACCCAAAAGUGUGUGAAAGUGAGUCAGGAUUGAUAAGAAAGCCACCAGCAUUUAAUAAAUAAUAAACCCUGAUCAGUACCAUGCUCCACCGUCUGCUGUGUCUAUUGUGUCAUUUCUGUGAUGUUACCAAUCCGUCAUCCUUUUGCUACUAUAGAAUCAGAACACUAAACAUAUAGCGUAUUUUUUGCACUAUAAACUGCAUUUAAAACACUUUAAUUUUCUUAAAACUCAUCAGAGCUUCUUAUAAUCAGGUGCAUCUUAGGUAUGAAUUCUACCAGUCAGGUAUUAAGGAGCAGUAAAGCCACUAAUGUACAGCAUUAUACAGGAGCUUCAGUGAAGUUU